UGAGUCUGUUCCUCGGUAGAGGUGACCUGACUCCCUGAUGCUCGUUUUGCAGGUGCUGCAAUUGUCUGCGCAGUUCUCAAUCAUGUCUGAACCAAUCAGAGUCCUUGUGACUGGAGCAGCUGGUCAAAUUGCAUAUUCACUGCUGUACAGUAUUGGAAAUGGAUCUGUCUUUGGUAAAGACCAGCUUAUAAUUCUUGUGCUGUUGGAUAUCACCCCCAUAAUGGGUGUCCUGGACGGUGUCCUGAUGGAACUGCAAGACUGUGCCCUUCCUCUCCUGAAAGAUGUUAUCGCAAUAGAUAAAGAAGAGGUUGCCUUCAAAGACCUGGAUGUGGCCAUUCUCGUGGGCUCCAUGCCAAGAAGGGAAGGCAUGGAGAGGAAAGAUUUACUGAAAGCAAAUGUGAAAAUCUUCAAAUCCCAGGGUGCAGCCUUGGAGAAAUAUGCCAAGAAGUCAGUGAAGGUGAUUGUUGUGGGUAACCCAGCCAAUACCAACUGCCUGACUGCCUCCAAGUCAGCUCCAUCCAUCCCCAAGGAGAACUUCAGUUGCUUGACUCGUUUGGAUCACAACCGAGCUAAAUCUCAAAUUGCUCUUAAACUUGGUGUGACUGCUGAUGAUGUAAAGAACGUCAUUAUCUGGGGAAACCAUUCCUCGACUCAGUAUCCAGAUGUCAACCAUGCCAAGGUGAAGUUGCAAGGAAAGGAAGUUGGUGUUUAUGAAGCUCUGAAAGAUGACAGCUGGCUCAAAGGAGAAUUCAUCACGACUGUGCAGCAGGGUGGUGCUGCUGUCAUCAAGGCUCGAAAACUAUCCAGUGCAAUGUCUGCUGCGAAAGCUAUCACUGACCACAUCAGAGACAUCUGGUUUGGAACCCCAGAGGGAGAGUUUGUGUCCAUGGGUGUUAUCUCUGAUGGCAACUCCUAUGGUGUUCCCGAUGAUCUGCUCUACUCAUUCCCUGUUGUAAUCAAGAAUAAGACCUGGAAGUUUGUUGAAGGUCUCCCUAUUAAUGAUUUCUCACGUGAGAAGAUGGAUCUUACUGCAAAGGAACUGGCAGAAGAAAAAGAAACUGCUUUUGAGUUUCUUUCCUCUGCCUGACUAGACAAUCAUUUUGAUGUUACUAAAUGCUCCAAAGCUGAAGAAUCUAAAUGUCGUCUUUAAGUCUAGUACCAAAUAAUAAUAAUGCUAUACUUAAAUUACAUGUGAAAAACAACACAUUUUAAGAUUGUGUGCUUCUUGGUAUAGAUUUGUGAUAGUUCAUCAUCAUGCUGUUAGUGCUGCAUUCUAAAUAAAUAUAUAAUCAAAAAAAAAAAAAAAACAAAAAGA